AGGACUACAACUCCCAGGAGGCUGUGCUCUGACAGCUCUCGGAUUUAAAUAGGAUUCUGGGUUGGUGCUUAUAGCCAAGCUGUUGCUGAGCGCCUAGGCGUGAGAGGAGCAAGAAGCAGCCAAAGCAGCCAAGAGUUGGAGCCAGAUCCUGAGCCCAAGCCAGAUCCUGAGUCCGAGCCAGAGUUGCGGUUGAAGCUGGAGCAGCAGCAACUAAAGACAUCAAAAAGAUGCUGGUUAUCUUGGGACUUCUCACCUCCUUCUUUUCGCUCUUGUAUGUGACAGCUCCAUCCAUCAGGAGGUUUUUUGCUGGUGGAGUAUGUAAAACGAACAUGCAGCUUCCGGGAAAGGUAGUGGUGAUCACAGGUGCCAACACAGGCAUCGGCAAGGAGACGGCCCGAGAGCUGGCUCGCAGAGGAGCACGAGUUUACAUUGCCUGCCGAGAUGUACUGAAAGGGGAAUCUGCUGCCAGUGAUAUCCGGGCAGAUACAAAGAACUCCCAGGUGCUGGUGCGGAAACUGGACCUAUCUGACACCAAAUCCAUCCGAGCCUUUGCUGAGGGCUUUCUGGCAGAAGAAAAACAACUCCAUAUUCUGAUCAAUAAUGCAGGAGUGAUGUUGUGCCCAUAUUCCAAGACAGCAGAUGGCUUUGAAACUCACCUGGGGGUCAACCAUUUGGGCCACUUUCUUCUCACCCAUCUGCUCCUUGAGCGGCUGAAGGAGUCUGCUCCUGCACGGGUGGUGAACCUGUCAUCAGUGGUCCACCAUAUUGGCAAGAUUCGCUUCCAUGACCUACAAGGCGAGAAGCGCUACUGCAGUGGGUUUGCCUACUGUCACAGCAAGCUGGCCAAUGUGCUUUUUACUCGAGAGCUGGCCAAAAGGCUCCAAGGCACAGGAGUCACCACCUAUGCAGUUCACCCAGGCAUCGUCAGCUCGGAGCUGGUUCGGCACUCAUUCCUGCUGUGUCUGUUCUGGAGGCUCUUUUCCCCAUUUGUCAAGACCACAAGGGAAGGGGCCCAGACCAGUCUGCACUGUGCCCUGGCUGAGGGCCUGGAGCCCCUGAGUGGCAAGUAUUUCAGUGACUGUAAGAGGACUUGGGUCUCUCCAAGGGCCCGAAAUAACAAAACAGCUGAGCGCCUGUGGAAGGUCAGCUGUGAGCUUCUAGGAAUCCAGUGGGAGUAG